GGAUUUCAUGACCGCUCUCAGGUAUUUUCCGGCGACGGAGGAAGAGGACAACGGGAUCGCCCCACACCAAGAUGGCAACUGCAUCACGUUCGUGUUCCAGGAUGAGGCCGGAGGGUUGGAGGUGUGUCGAGACGGAGUCAGCUGGAUCCCGGCCACUCCUAAACCGGGCGCUAUCGUCGUCAACGUCGGCGAUGUUAUCCAGGUGUUGAGCAACAACAAGUUCAAGAGCGCAACGCACAGGGUGAUUCGGCCAAAAGGAAGGAGCCGCUACUCGUAUGCUUUCUUCUACAACUUAUUGGGGGAGAAAAUGGUGGAGCCAUUGUUGCAGUUCACUGAACAUCUUGGGGAGCUGCCGAAGUACCGCAAGUUUCAGUACGGAGAGUAUAUGCAAUUGAGGAUGAGGAACAAAUCUCAUCCCCCAGAAAACCCUAAAGAUGUUAUCCACAUUACCCACUACUCCAUCAACUAAUAACUCCUACAAUGUUCACUAAACAUCAAUCCUUAUGUUCCAAGGAGUUUGAAAUCAAAUAAAUUGUACUGUGUGAUUGUUGUCUUGCUUUUUUUUUUUUUGUUAUAAUGAUUUGCAGAGUAAAUUUGGACAUAUUGUACAUAUUUAUAGAUAGUUUAUAUUACAAUUUAAGGAAAAGGUCCAAAAGGCCUUUGAGGCAUCAAAAUUUGAGCCAUAAGUG